AUAAAAAAAUCUCGCUCCCGCUCAGGGGGGACCAAGUUUGGUUGUGGCGAACCGAAAGAGGACCCCUCGGGCUACUCGAAACUACUUUUGGGUAUCCCCGGAGCUGGGGCUUUCGUGCGGAGUAAGCCCUUUUGGUUCCAAUUUUCGGAACGACCCCAAGUGCGCAGUUGUCGUCUCCUGCAAUUUUGAGUACGCGGAGAGCCUGCUCAAAUUUGAAUUUCGCUUUCACGUGGCGCGGCACGUGGGGCGGCACUGCAGAACUAGAAGAAAUUGAAGCAGUCGGAUACAACAAAGAAAGCCGAAAAGGGCUUACUCUACACGACCAACCGAUCCAUGGCGACUGUUUCGGGUAGCCCAAGGAGUGCUCCUUCAUCCUUGGGCAACCAUACAUGUCUCCCUUCGACUGAGCACGCAGGUUAGGGAAACGAUAAUGUUUUACUGCGCCAGAUGAAGGAAUCGUCGAGAUAGAGAAGUUUUGGUGACUGACAUAAUUAUAAGCAUAAAUUAUAUCUCCCAGAGGCGAUGGCCUGUCGAGGGAUAGAGAUAUGAUAUGGACACUGGAGUAUGGAAUCAGUUGAUCCGAAACCCCGCCGGAACACUCGGCAAUCUGUGCAGGCCCCAAUUGUCGAGCCAGGCCGUCAAACCUGCAUUUUCUGCGGCUCUUUGAAAAAGAAGAUUCCAGGCAAAAGCACUAAGCAAACAACGUCGCUCUUGCAAUCCGAGGAUGGCGAGCAAACCCUUCGUGCCGCUGCCGAGAUCAGGCAGGACGACAAGAUCUUGAUAGCAAUAGGCUCGAGUUGCUUGAUAGCACGCGAAGCGUACUAUCAUAAGUAUUGCUACCGAGAAUAUACUCGGGCCAAAACACUUGCUAGGCUGCAAGAUCAGGGCGAGAGCGCAGCCACUUGUGCGCCUGUUGCCAGUGCGGGCACCGAGAUUGAUAAAGAUUUUUUUACUGAAGUAGAAACGCUGCUGUUUGUGGAAUGUUUGGUUCGGACCGUCAGUGACCUGACUCGAUUGUUCAAUCAAGUGUCCAUAGAAGGGACAGCGCUAGCGAGAAACGAAAGAGUCAAGGGACUACUAAUGGAUAAGUAUGGCGAGUCCAUAACGUUCUCUCGUCCCCGCGCACGGAAUAAAUCCGAGUUGGUUUACGCCACGGAACGUGCACCAGUGAUAAUAAAAGCACGACUGUAUGACAGGGACGCUGCGAGCGAAAGCGAGAGUGAGGAAUCUGGUGACAGUCCUAGUGCUAGCGCCUGUGAGAGCCAAGAGGGUAUCGCUAGUACCACUACCAGUAGGUCUACCAACUAUGGAACAAGAGCACCCAGACGCCCCGCUGAAGUGGAUGUGCACCAGACUGUUAUUAUGCAGGACAGCAUACGUCUGGUAUACCAUUCGGCUAGGCUCCUGCGGAAUGCCUGUCAGCAACAGGCAGAGAGUUUCGACACUACAAGCACAAGUCCUGGCAGCAGCACUGGUAUGAUUUCAGUGAAGCAAGCUGAGCAGUGCAUUCCUGCCCUGCUCCACAAUUUCCUUGUGUGGUUUUUGAGCUCAGGCCAGCAUGACAAUAUACCAGCAGCAUCCAGCAAGCUUGAAGUUGAUUCCACGCUCAACCGCUGUGUGAUGUCCUUUGCACAGGACCUAGUGUUCCAGUGCACAACUAUCGUGCCACCAAAGCAUGUUGCUCUUGGUUUGGCUGUACACCAUCUGUACAGAAGUGAACGACUUGUGACCAUACUGAACAGAUUUGGCCACAGCAUUGCGUACGCCCAGGUGCUGGAGAGAGAGACACGGAACCGGUGUAAAGACUCGCUACAUCCUGAUGAAUGCUAUCAGCGAGAAGUUGGGCCAAGCUGUUUGUGAUGCUCUACCUGGCUUUCAUGCUUUUACGGGCUGUGACACAACAAGUGCCUUUGCAGGCAGAGGCAAGAAAGGUGCCUUCAAGCUUCUGUGCAACAACUCCCCGGAGAGUGCAGCUGCCCGCUUGGCCUUCAGUACUUUGGGUGCAGCUUUUACACCACUUGCCACCGAUGUCAUCGACGCCCUAGAGAAGUUUGUCUGCAUCAUGUACAACACCACGUGUUCCCGGGUCAAUGAUGCCAGGUACCAGCUGUUUUGCACAAGGAGUCUGCAAUCCAACCAACUGCCACCCUGCAAUGACGCCCUUCUAAAGCACUGCUGCCGCUCCAAUUACCAAGCUGGUAUUUGGAAGCGAUGCCUCUUGUCACAUGUGGAUGCACCAUCACCGAAUGAGAAAGAACAAGGCUGGCACCUAGAAAGCAAUGGGACAUUGGCAGUUGACUGGUUAAGCCUGCCACCUGCUCCAAAGUCAAUCCUAGAGUUCCUCCGGUGCGGGUGCAAAACUGGUUGCAGCAGUGGCAACUGUUCGUGCCGCCGGCAUAUGCUGUUGUGUACAGAUGCUUGCACCUGUCGGCACCACUCUUCAGUAGUAUGCACAAACUACCCAGAGCAGCAUGCAGCAUUGCCUACGACCCAACACAUCUCACCUGAAACUGAUUUGGUCUGCAGUGACACAGCUCAUGACUGAUAGCAGCCAGCCAACCGUAAGGAUUCGGGACUGACAAACUUGUUGAGCAAUCAUGUGCAUGAUGGAUAGCAGCCAGCUCUAGAGUGUCCCACCACCUCUGGGAUAUCUUGCAACAAAUCUUAUGACAGAUCUGUGUCAGCAUCAGUGGAUGCCGGAACUGUCUUUCUUUGGCCGACAACCGCAUCCCGCAGCACGGGUGAUAGCACAUCUUCUUCUUAUCAUAUUAUCUACAUGACUGUAAUAUUGUCAUUAUAAUUUAACCUGUACCUUCAUUUUAAAUUGUUUCCAGAGGACCUAUGAUCUUCUUACUGGAGCUCCUAUACCAGAAAAGUUAGGCAUGAAAUAUGAUCGGAAUGUCCGGAGACCCAUGAAAGCGUGACAGUAAUAGUAACUUUACAGAUUAUGCCAGUACUAAGACUUUAUUAUUAUAAUCAGAGACUUCAUGCUAGGAAAUAAUAAAUUAUCCUUCUAGUGUACUUGUCCUAUUUCCUAUUUUGUGCAGGCUCCUUGUUGUAUAAUAUGUUCUCAAAUGUGACAUACAUUAUUACAAUGUAUUACUAUUGUGAAAUGACCCAAAGGCAGUAUGCCUAUCGAGGGGUUCAUUUGAUUGAAAGAACAGUACUACUACUAG